AGCAGCACAUGCAGGAACAGCUGAAGGCCCAUCAGAGGGAUCAGCAAAGACUUCUGGGAAUGGAGCUGGCAGAUUACCCAGACUCCCCAGUGCUGAGUGGGAGGGGCUACCCUGAGUCCCCAGUGCUGAGUGGGAGGGGCCCAGUGCUGAAUGGGAGGGGCUACCCAGAGUCCCCAGUGAUGAGUGGGAGGGGCCCAGUGCUGAGUGGGAGUGGCUCUACAGCAGCUUCUUCAUUGGAGACGGAAACACCCACACGCUGCUCACAGGAGCCAUGGACUCUGGAAGCAGAUGGCUCUAGCUCCAACAGCACAACACCCCGGCAGGACACUCAGUCACCAGAGCCCACACAAGAGGCAUCCACACAGGACAGGCCCAUAAGGCCUGGUGUAGGACGGAGAGCUCACACAUUUGAGGAACUUCUGGAAGAAGAGCUGAAGAUGGAGCAGGAGAGGCAGAAGGGAAAGAACCCCGUGGGGGACCAGACGGCGGGGCCUAAACGCUCAUUCCUGCGUAAGGGAGAAGGCCUGUUGAGGUUUAACAGAACGUCAUUAAAACCCACCGCACAGAUCUUUGCAGAACCUCUAGCCAAGCACCCCGAGUCCAGAGAGUCGCUGACAGGGCAGAGGGAACCAAAGAGGAACAAGCCAAGACCGGCCCGCUCCAGACCCUCGGAACCCAGCGCACGAAGCCACAGCCAGAACCGGCCUGCAGCUGCACGACCCGGAGGAACCAAGCCCAGACCCGCCAGCGCUGCCGCCAGAACCCUCCAGCGCAAGACCGCCUCCCUGGCGUCGCACACACCCACCCUGGCGUCGCACACACCCACUCUGGCGUCACACACACCCACUCUGGAGUCACACACACACUCGCAGUCUCUCUGCAGCGCUCCCGUUGCUAUGGAGACAUCAUUUGAGGUGUGGCAGCGUGAGCGUCAGCGCGAGUGGGUGGAGCUUGGUGAGUUUGAGUUGCUGGAGGUGGCGGCUGAGGAGCUGUCAUUCACCUCUUGCUCCUCCUCCAUCUUGCAGGCCCUCGGAACACACACACACACAAACACACGCCGCCUCUCCUCCACGCCAAUCAAAGCACACCACACUGUCAAAACGCACACCACUGACCACAACACUGUCAAAACGCACACCACUGACCACAACACUGUCAAAACACACACCACUGACUCACUCGCCAUCGUUGGACACACACGCACGGCUGGCACACUCUUUAGAUCUGCAGACACACGCACGGCUCACACACCCUCUAGAGCUACAGACACAAGCGCAGUUGAGCUGCCCAUCAGUCUGUGUGCUGAGGAAGACGAGGGCCCUGGUGGUCAUGAACACAUGCGUGACGAAGAGGAGGAGGAUGGGGAGGAAGAUGAUGAAGAGGUCACUCGGGUUGCCCCCAACAGCCACUGCUUGCCUGUGACCACACCCCCCUAUGACAGAUGCACCUAUCAGGAGCCAGAAGGGGCGGGGCAUGAGGAGGGGUCUGCGGCUUUGAGUGACAGGGUGGAGGUGGAGUUUGAUGAUGACGACACUUGGGCAGAUAUUUCCCAGGAUGCACAACAGCCAGAGAGGACGCUGAGGAGGAAGGUUGCCGGGGCAACAGGCGUGGAGUGGGUUUCGUCGGAACCUGAUGAUGAGGAGAGAGAGGCUCACACACACACUCCCACACACACACACCCUUCCCAGCUCGUGGCCAAGCUGUUCCCUGCCCUGCAGCCAAAGCCACGCCCUACACAAGUCACUCAAACCAGCGCUCAGCCAAUCAGAAAUCAGGAGAGUGAAGGUGUGUGUGAGGUGAUGCGUGAGCGACUUGUGCAGCUGGAGCUGGAGAUCGAGCGCUUCAGAAUGGAGACGGCAGAACUCACCCGCCAGAAGACCAGCCUCGCCACGCAUCACCAGGAGUUACGGAAAGAGAAGGCGGAGUUUGAGGCCAAGCGCUCCCAGACAGAGGCUGAGUGGGCGGAGUUUAAGCAAGCAGAGAUGAGGAAGCUGCAGAGGGACCGGAAACUGUUCGAGAAGCAUUCUGCUGCCACGCGCAGCACACACACCUCCGCACAGAGAGAGGAGAUGCAGGUGCUGAAGCAGCAGCUGUGUGAUCUGCGGGAGGAGUGUGUACGUAAGGAGCAGCGGUGGAAGAGCACACACACACGUCUGCAGCAGCAGAUCCACACACUCACCACACACAACCAGGAGCUGCGCCAGCAGAUACACACGUUGGAGAACCUCCGACUCACCGGCUGGAGAACGCAGCGAGAGGAGAGGAGAGCCGGGGACGAGAGAGGAGCGCAGCGGAGGAAGACAAAGGAGAAGGUAGAUGAGAAAAGACCAGGCGUCCCACAUAGUCCAAAGAAUAACACAAGAAGUUCAGAUGACAGUGGCCCUGAAGGAAACACACUGAACUCAGGAAGUCCCAAAUCUGACGGUGAUGUGGCGCGUAUUGGGCGUGUCUCUGAUGAUGUCACACAUGCUGAACUACAUGCAGCCCCUGGAGUGCAACUUGCUAGCCAGCAGGAGGGAGAGAUAACACACCCAGAUGGAAAGAUAGAGCGAGUGUUUAAAGAUGGCAGCAGGUUGCUGGUCUUUCCUAACGGAACACAGAAGCUGCUCUCUACUGACGGUUCAGCAAAAGUCACUUUCUUCAAUGGAGACAUCAAGGAGGUCUGCCCAGACCACAGAGUAGUGUACUUUUUUGCAGAUGCACAGACAACACAUAUAACCUUCCCCGACGGCACAGAGCUACUACAGUUUCCUAACGAUCAGACAGAGAAACUUUACCCGGAUGGGAGGAAGGAGAUUGUGUUUCCUGAUCAAACUCUGAAGACACUUUACCCUGACGGCAGGGAAGAGAGUGUCCUACCAGAUGGCACCAUCAUCCGCCUCAAUACGUGAGUGUGUGUGUGUGUGUGCCUACCAGGUGGCACCAUCAUCCGCCUCAAUACGUGAGUGUGCGCGCAUGCGUG